UUCAGCCUGUUGGUGCAGGAGCUGCAGGACUUCCAGGGCAGGAGAACAGCGACAAGAAAACAUGCCAACCAAAAUGCUGACCACCACCAACUACCUGCCUUGCUGCACAGUCAUCCUAUCCGUGCUAUUAAAGCUGACCCUGGCCCAGUAUGACCACCAGGGCUACCCGCCGGGCUACCCGGACCCGGAGCAGGAACAGUACUCGGCCCCGCAGCUGUCACCAGACACACCCAGGAUCCAGCUCCGAUUGGCUGGAGAUAAGAGGAAGCACAACGAGGGCCGCGUGGAGGUUUUCUACAAUGGCGAGUGGGGAACUGUGUGCGAUGACGACUUCACUAUCCACUCCGCUCAGGUGGUGUGUCGGGAGCUGGGCUACCUGGAAGCCAUCUCAUGGUCUCCUUCCUCGAAAUAUGGGAAAGGAACAGGACGCAUAUGGUUCGACAAUCUCCACUGCACCGGCAAAGAAAGGACCUUGUCGCUGUGUCCGUCCAACGGGAUCGGGGUUUCAGACUGCAAGCACAGCGAAGAUGUAGGUGUGGUGUGCAGCGACAAGAGGAUUCCAGGAUUUAAAUUUGUCAACACCUUGCCCAACCAUGUGGAGAACAUUGAUAUUCAAGUGGAGGAUGCGCGCAUACGACCGAUCCUGUCAUCGUACCGCAAGCGUAUCCCUGUGACAGAGGGCUACGUGGAGGUGAAGGAUGGGGGUAAAUGGAAGCAGAUCUGUAACAAUGCGUGGACCCAGUUUAACAGCAGAGUCAUCUGCGGCAUGUUUGGCUUCCCCGGGGAGAGGAAGUACAACGCCAGAGUCUACAAAAUGUUUGCUCGCAGGAGAAAACCCACAUACUGGGACUUCGCGGUCAACUGCACUGGCAACGAAGCCCAUUUGUCCAACUGUAAACUGGGCCAGACUACGACCCUGAAGGCCAAUGGCUCCUGUGCGGAUGGAUUGCCUGUGGUGGUGAGCUGCGUGCCCGGCAGAGCCUUCGCACCGGCGUCCAUGACAGGAUUCAGGAAGGCCUUCAAACAAGAGCAAGUGCUGGUUCGUCUUCGUGGUGGGGCCAUCGUAGGCGAGGGCCGAGUGGAGGUGCUGAAAAACGGAGAGUGGGGCACCAUCUGUGAUGAUAACUGGAACCUGCUCUCUGCCACCGUGGUGUGUCGAGAGCUGGGCUUUGGAUCGGCCAUGGAGGCCCUGUCUGGAGGCCGCCUGGGACAAGGCAUGGGCCCGGUGCACAUGAACGAGGUGGUGUGUUCAGGAUUUGAGAAAUCCAUCACAGAGUGUUUCUUCAACAAGGAGUCCCUGGGCUGCAGCCACGAGGAGGAUGCAGCCGUCAGAUGUAACAUCCCGGCUAUGGGCUUCCAGGAGCGGCUGCGUCUGAGCGGAGGUCGUAAUCUGUUCGAGGGCCGUGUGGAGGUGAUGGUGGAGAGAAACGGCUCCCUGGUGUGGGGGACGGUGUGUAGUGAAGGCUGGGGAACCAUGGAGGCCAUGGUGGUGUGCAGACAGCUGGGCCUGGGCUUCGCCAGCAAAGUUUUCCAGGAGACGUGGUAUUGGCCGGGGCAGGUGAGUGCGGACCCUGUGGCGAUGAGUGGCGUUCGCUGCUCCGGCACCGAGAUGUCCCUGUCCCAGUGCCUGCACCACGGAGCCCACCUCAGCUGCCCGAAAGGAGGGGGACGCUAUGCUGCUGGAGUCUCCUGUUCUGAGACGGCUCCUGACCUGGUGUUGAACCCUCAGGUGGUGGAGCAGACCACCUACAUGGAGGACAGGCCCAUGUUCAUGCUUCAGUGUGCGUACGAGGAGAACUGUCUGGCCUCCCCCUCCAGUCAGGCCCCGGCCAACUCCUACCGCCGCCUGCUGCGCUUCUCCUCCCAGAUCCACAAUAACGGCCAUUCGGACUUCAGGCCCAAAGCCAACAGAGAAUCCUGGGUGUGGCACGAUUGUCACAGGCAUUACCACAGCAUGGAGGUGUUUACACUCUAUGACCUGUUCAGCCUCAACGGAACCAAAGUGGGUGAAGGACACAAAGCAAGUUUUUGCCUGGAGGACUCAGAGUGCGAUGAAGGUAUUGAAAAGAGGUAUGAAUGUGCUAACUUUGGAGAGCAGGGCAUCACUGUGGGCUGCUGGGACACCUACAGGCACGACAUCGACUGCCAGUGGAUCGACAUCACUGACAUCAAACCUGGAGAUUACAUUUUCCAGAUAGUAAUUAAUCCAAACUACGAAGUGCCAGAGUCAGACUACAGCAAUAACAUCAUGAAAUGCAGAUGUCGAUAUGACGGCCACCGUGUGUGGAUGUACAGCUGCCACAACGGUGGCUCAUUAAGCACUGAAACAGAACAGACGUUCCCAGGCCUCAUCAAUAACCAGGUGACCCACAGGUAAAGACAAACCAGAGGAGAGGAGGUAACCGGCCGUUCCCUCCAGCAGGGAAACCGUGUGAAGCCAUCAAACACUCUGCAUCUCCAUCAGUGGUGGCUCCCUCCUGCUCGCCCUGUCCUGGUCCAAUCAUCUUUUCCCUUCAUCCUCGUGGCAGCAGCUUUCUUUGGCCCUCCACCCUUUAUUUUUUUUCUACCAAUAGAAAGAAUAUUUGAUUCCCCCUCCUGUCCAAACAGAGGCAGCUGCAACAUCGCUAACACUUCCACCCUCCCUGGUUAACUUCAAGAAGCUCUCUGUGUACCCUGUGUUUUUUAUUUUUUUAAUGAGCGAUGAAAUAAACCUGCUGGGAAGUGGCAGCUAUUUAAGUGCAGCACUGACGUGCAGCAGUUUCUUUGUUCAGAGAUCACCCUGGAGAGUUUGGAUGUCUGUGUCACGCCGUCUGAGAGGGAUCAUUGACAAAUGAAAGCGUUGGAAAUAAAUUAGUUUUAAUCUAAAAUUUAACAGUGCCUUGUAACUCUUUAUAGGCAAAAUAUUUAAGAAGAAGGUACAAUUUGACAUUUUGACAGAGUUUCUGCAUAUUAAACUAGAUAAGUAAGUUCUGAAAAAAGCUAACAGCCCACUACAAGUGCUGCCUGUUUCAGCUGUAAGAGCAAGGCUAAGAUGAAAAGUUUCAGUGUGUAGAAUUUAGUGACAUCUAGUGGUGAAGCUACAUAUUGCACCUGAACAACCCUCACCGCAGCCUCACCUUCCAAACAUGAAAGAGAACCUGUGCCUUCACUUUUCAUAAAAACUCAAAAAGUGUUUAGUUUGUCCAGUUUGGGCUUCUGUAAAAAACAUGGCGGCCUCCGUAGAGAGGACCCACUCCUGAUAUAAAUAUAAAGUAUUUAAAUUUAAAGGGCCCAUUCUAGGGUCAAAAAAACAACUAUUCAGACAAUUUAGAUGAAACACACUAUUGAAAACAUCACUAUGAUUAUUUGAUAUUCAUUAUCUGUCAAUAGAUCCCUUUCACCAAAAUCUUACACACUAAACCUUUAAGUGCAGUAAAGUUCCCUAAAGUAUUUGUUUAAAUUGUUGUAUACAUUUGUCUCCUGUCUGCUUUGCAAACUACAUGGACCAGACAGGAGUCUGCAUUAAGUGUGAAGUUCUAACAUUUCAAUGAGCAGGUGUUUGUGUGGAGGUGGUGUGAGUCAGGAGGAGUUCUCAAUUCAUCCAACAUUUUUACCUGCACUGCCAGAUAUUGUAAACAGAGAGAAGCCAAAUAUUGUGAUUCAGAUUUGGAGAACUCUCUGUUCUCUACCCCGUCACUUGGGGGAAGAUUUGCCUCCAGACAAUGUCUUGUUCUGACAUGUUCGUAUAUAUUUCCUUUUUCUGAUAUGUAGCUAUGGUUUGUUUUUGUAGCUAAUAUUGGACCUCAUGUUUCUUUUCUUCUUGGUCACCUUGUGAACAUUUUUGUUCAAAUGAACAUUUUAAACCUUCCGGGUUUGCCUUACUGCAUAUUGUUAGACUGUAACUAUCCACUAGGGGAAGAUUUACAGCAUAACGAAAAAUGGAGGCCUUUAUACAGACAGUCUAUAGUGAAGCCUUUAACUACAGAGAGGAUUGAAACACUUCUUUUUCACCCUGGUAUUAAGUUACUAUUUGAACAUAAUCCCUUUAUUUAGAUAAGCCUUUUCUCCUUUGUAGUUUAUUUUAGCAAGUCUCAUCAGAACUGUAAUUCUGAAAAUAGGUUUAAUGUUGAAAUCGUGCUUAAGUGAGAAUGAGCAAAUGGCAGAUUUGUUACAAAAUAUCACUCAAGUGCUCGAUAUGCUCAAUUCACAAUUUAGAACAACAUCCCCUUCUAUUGUUCCUUGUGCAUUGGCUUGUGCAUGUAUAGAAUGACUUCACACAGCAGUGUUACCUACAUAAAGGCCUUUUCAAACAAUUCAAAUCGUCAUAAUUAGUGGAUUCUUUAGCUAGACAGAAGAGGCAUAUUAUUGAGUUUGGACCAGUGAAUUUGAGCUGUUUGCCUAUAACAAGCAGUCUUGACAGUUCUGAGCUUUAGAUGGACAGACUGGCGAAAAGUGUCGAAGUUUAUUAGCUUAUAUUUAACCUGCGUUUGUUGUAAUGUGAACUGCUCCAGAAAAGGAAUCGUCUGCACACGGUCUCAAUACAGGAGGCAUUCUGCAUUUCAAGUGCCCAAGCAAAGAGAAUAAUAUUUUACUGACUGUCUACUAGCAAACUUGUUGGCAGCAAAAGCUUUAUCUUUCCUGUUGAAUAACAUUUUAUUGAAAAAAAAAAAACACAGACGUAAAAUGCAGGGAUAAAUAAGCAUAGGAUUUCUGCCAAAGGUUAGCUAACUAGGCCACCAGCUACACCUCCGCGAGUAAUCGUCACCAAGUUUAUAAAAUAUUUCAUGAAUAUGUGAGGAUUAUUUUUGCUGUAACCGUUUCUGAUGUGACUCGUUGUUAUCGUGACUUACUUUACAGACGAAGCAGACACAACACAGAAGAAGACAAACUCUGAACAAACCAUGUUAGCUCUCUUGCUGAUAUGCUAAUAUACGUUUUUUCUUCUUAUCUAUUGCACUGACAUGUGUGGGUGAAAUGCUACUAAGGCAUAGUGAUAUGAGGAAAAGACGAGGGAAUAUCAACAUUUUCAACAAUUUUCUCGGACACAUUCUUGAGAAAAAACAUAUUAACUUAUGUAUUAACUUACCAUUGAAUAAAAAAAGAACUUCCAUGGUUUUGAGCAUUCCUAAACAUGAAUGCUGCAAUGGUGAACUAGAUUGUUUGAAUGGAGUUUUCUGGUGAGCACAGCAUGGCCCCACCUGGAGGCAGUAAUGGACCUUAUAGCUCGGCUGCAUGAGAACACCAGGCAGUUUGGAGGGUAGAUACUUUCAGCUACAGGACGUUUUGUAUCUUCAAAUACAACAAGAAAAGGCUACUUGUCCUAUUUGUGUACAAGCCAGUGGCAGCUCAGCUGUGAAACAUGUGACCUACACCAGCACUGCUUUAGAGGCUUCGAAGCUUAUUCUCCAAAGUGCCUUUUUACUGCUAAUAACCAAAACAAUAAUGAUAUCUUUAAUAUGACUUUGAUUUAUGCUCACUGUAGUGGGUCUGUAGUGUUUCCCUUGGCACAGUGUUGGCUCCACAUGAAGCUCAUGGGACUGUGUUACAGCAACAGGCUUUUAAAGAAGUGCAAAGAUGUCUGCCAGUUCCUCUCACUGCUUUAUAUGUUCACAACGAAUCAGAAGAGCUGAUUUCCAUCCUGUUGCGACACAGAUUCCAUCUCUUCACAACAGAGAGGACCAACAGCAUUUCUUCAUGUUAAGGCACAGUUGCAGGUUUUCUGUUUUUCUUUUCUCACAAUUAAAAAACACUUUCUGUCAUUCAGAUUACGUUUAUAUAAUAUUAUUACAACAUUGUACAAUAAUGUAUGUGAAUUCUAGUUUAUAAUGCUUUUUAUUAUGGUGCUAUCAAACUGGCCCUCUGUUUUCUGAGGGUACAGUACAUGUUUGAACAGCUACAUUACGUGUACUAACAGUAUACUUGAACUGAGCUUGAUGUGCUUUGUGUUUCCAAAUAUAAUAAAGGUUAGAGUUACGGAACAACCAA